AAUUCAUUUAUUAAUAAAAAGAAAUAGUUGAGCACAAAUCUAAAAACCACAAUCACAUCAGUGUUCCAUAAAUUGGAAUUAUAACAAUUGUAUAUUAAAUUACAUAAAAUAGUGAUUCAAAUUCCAAAAUAUUAAAUGAGAAAUAAGGAAGCUGGAGCUUCAAAAUAUUUUUGUGGGAUGCUUGAAUCCCGGAGUUGGAACAAAUGUCAUGCACUCGGCCAACUUGUUUGUUGUUGAACUUGCUCCCUUAAUGGUCCCAGUGGAUAUUGCAUUGGCUGAAGCUGGAAUUUGAGGGCUAAAGGAUGCUCUUUUUGAUUUUUUUUCCCUCUAACGACGGGCAGCUUAAUAAGCCUCACUGCAACGUUCUUCUACACAAUAGAAAUGUAUUUAGCUACAUUGUUUUUAUGAAUGAAAAAUAUUAUGGAAUAAUAAUUUAAAGAUGGUUUAAUACCUAGAUAUCAGAACAUUCUAGUAGCUGAUUGAGAUCUAUGAUCUCAGAUGCAACAGAUAGGAAUGGUAGAGCAGUAGCUGAUUGAGAUCUAUUGAAAACUUGUAUUAUAAUGAUGACGGCAGUAAUGCAUGCUUUUCUUUGGGUGUGCAGAUAUUUGUUAUUGCAGGAGGCGUAUGGGGGUUUUGUGGUGAGUAAUCUAGUCAGAUUUUUAGAUGAAGUUGUGCAAGCAACAACCCGACUUCACACCUCCACCCUCCACUAGUACUUCUUCUUCUCCUCCUCCUCUCAACGUGGAGAGUGGCCACAAGAUUGGCUCUUGGAAAGACGUCGAGCUCAAGAGUCAAAUUCUCUACCCCGGCGGGUGUCGUCUUGUCGAUGGGGAUCCUCCGAGAUGGGAGCGGAUUCAAACUCCCAUUCACAAUGGUCGCUACUCCACCUGUGCUGUCCAUCAGGGGAAGAUUUAUUGCUUUGGAUCGUAUGAUGUGGUUCCUGAGGUAUUUGAUCCCCUUGAUGGUAAUUGGCACAAAUCCCUCCUAUCUAACCCGCCUCAUUCAAUUCGGGAUCUAAGGGUAUAUAGUCCCGUCCUCCCUCAUCCUUCCAAACAUCGUAUCCUUAUUCACCUUUCUGAUGGUUCCCUCUGGGCUUUCUAUCCUCCAACCCGUCUCUCUACUUUUGCUUGGGGGCGUGUUGCCUCCCAUUUUGAUCAUUGGGGCGAUGUUGUUGCUCUUUAUGAAAACCUCAUUUUCAUUCAUGAUGUUUAUACUCCCAGUUCUUUCUUUGUAUACGAUUUAGACACCUCUAAAUGGCUGGAUGUAGUUUGGUCCUCAGAAACCUGUAUCAACUAUGGCUAUAAUAUUACGUGCGUUUGUUUUGAUUCCUUGCAUUGUGUGGGCGAUGGGGUGUUCUGGGCGGCUUCAUGGUCGCCCUCAAUUGAACAUAAUGAGCCUGUCUAUAUUUAUUUCCUCAAGUUCAAAGCAGAGUACGUCCCAGCAACUUCAACCAUUCGCCUCACUCCUCUUACUUCUCAGAUGCAUCCUAUUCCAGGAGACACUGUCGAUCAUUUCCUAUUGCUCCCACCCUAGCUAGAGAUAUUUGUUAUUGCAGGAGGCGUAUGGGGUAUGGCAGUGUUUUUCAGGGGACCUCGAACAAACUCACAUGGGUGCCUCAUUUCCUUUUAUCCUCCCUGUUUUCUGUUUUAUUAGUGAUGUUUACAAUGGUGCGAACUUGAUGUGUCUUGU